AUGCUGGAGGGCUCUUGUGUGAGGCAAAUUACGUGGUCGCAAACGGCACUGGAGAAGCUUGUUUCUACCUGUGAUAAAUCACAGCUAAAUUGUGUCGAAGAGUUAAUCUUUACCAGCGAGAACGGUAAAAAGCCCUUCCUAGGAAAUACUUUGAUCCAGAAAUAUUGGACCUUUGGCUGUGUGGAGGAUGCGCUUCGGGUUUUCAAUCGACUGGAGGUUCGCAAUAUCUUCUCAUGGUCUAUCAUGGUGGGAGUAUAUGCCCAGCUUGGGAAUCUUUGUGAGGCACGGGCGCUGUUUGAUGCAAUGCCGCAGAGGACAGUGGUGGUUUGGAACUCGAUUCUUUCAGCAUAUACCCAGGACAGGGAGCACAGCCACUUUGUAGAAAACUACUUUUCCAAAAUUAUGCCCGAGUGGGACGUGAUAUCGUGGAAUGUGAUGAUCUCCUUCUACGCACAGGCGGGGCGCCCAGAAGAUGCCCGGAAUCUUUUCGAUGCCAUGCCUGAACACACUUUGGUUUCUUGGACAGCACUGUUGCAGGCAUAUUCGUUCGGCGGGCAUACACAAGCUGCAGCAUAUACUUUUAGCAAGAUGCCGGAAAUCAACAGCUUCUCGUGGAACAUCAUGAUUGCGGAGUAUGCCGCUGUCGGGGAUUUUGGCGGUGCAAAGCGAGUGUUUGACUCAAUGCCGGAGCUCUGUCGGCUGUGCUGCAACACAAUGUUGUCGGCUUGCAUCCGGGCUGGAAACAUAGAGCAGGCAUUUUGUCUCUAUAACGUCAUGCAAGAGAGAGACACGGUGACGCACAACGCAAUGGUUUAUGCAUUUGCCAGAGCGGGGUAUUUUGAGGAAUCAAAACGGAUCUUUGAAACUAUGCCCGAGUGGGACAUAGUCUCGUUUAAUGCUGUGUUUGAGACUGCGUGCGCGAAUAUGGAAAGCUUGGAUAGAUUAAAACACGCUUUUAUGGAAAUCAAAGAGACCAACAUUAUAUCAUGGACAAUAUUGUUUCAAGCAUAUGCCCAAAGAGGGCAUUUGGAUUCUGCCACAAAAGUUUUCGAAACUGUUCCAGUAGAGAAAAAUGUGGUCCUGUGGACGGCCAUGGUGGCCUCGCACGCACACCUUGGAAAAGGCGAGAAGACUUUGGAGUUACUGAGCUUGAUGGAGCUUGAUGGUGUCGAGCCAAACCAAGUUUCUUUCCUCUUUGUGCUAAGUUCGUGCAGCCAUGUUGGUUUGCUUGACGAAGCUUUUGCCUGUUUCGCUAGAAUGGUGGAAGACCAUCGCAUUGUGGUGUCGGAUCAACACUACUGCAUUCUUGUAGAUCUUCUCAGCCGGAGUGGAGAGCUAAAAAACGCAGAGAAACUCCAGCACUGCUCUAGCUCCGAGCCAGGCGGAUUAUGGUCUCCUUGGCUGGAGAGCCAUGGAAUCCCAAUCGCCUGCCCGGGCUCGCCACGGAUUUACUUGCAGCUCGACAACGUGCAUCAUCCAGAAGAAUCCUUGGCAGAUCGUCGCCCCGGGCCGAAAACCCUAGAACCCCGCUUGCCUCUGGAAGAAUCGGGCGCCUGCAAAUGA